AUGUAUUGGAACAGUCUAAAAGUGCUUCAAACCAUAUUCUUGGUGUGGGUUUUGCAGAUAGGGAUUUUGCACACCAACGGAAGCAAGAGUUGCACAAAGAGAGAAAGGGAAGCACUUUUGGAGCUGAAGAAAGGUCUUGUGGAUGAGCACGGCAUCUUAUCUUCAUGGGGUCCAAAUGGAGACGCUGAUUGUUGCCACUGGUGGGGCAUUCACUGUAGCAACCGAACAGGCCAUGUUGUGAAGCUCGAUCUUUGUGCUCGUGAUUAUGAUAAACCUUUGAGAGGUGAGAUUAGGCCUUCUUUGGUGGAACUGCAACAUUUGAGUUAUUUUGAUCUUAGUUGGAAUGAUUUUGAUCAAAACCCAAUUCCAGAUUUUCUUAGUUCUCUUAACAAUUUAAGAUUCCUUGAUCUAAGCCAUGCUUACUUUGGUGGGAAAAUUCCUCAUCAAUUAGGAAAACUCUCACGCCUACAGAAUCUUCAUCUCCAACUAAACUACCUCACAGGAGAAAUCCCUUGGCAACUGGGAAAUAUUUCUAACUUGUUGCAACUCACUCUCCAUCACAACCAUUUAGGGGGCUUAAUUCCUCACCAACUUGGUAAUCUUUCAAGAUUAGAGAUUCUUGUCCUUGAUUCAAAUGACAAUCUCUUGAUUGAUGUUGAUGACAUUUCAUGGAUUUCUCACCUUUCUUCUUUGAGGUCGCUUGAACUAGAUGAUGUGUCAAAUCUUAGAGAGUCCAGAAAUUGGUUGCACAUGGUUGGUCUGCUACCAAAUCUACAAACUCUAUCACUCAGAAAUUGUAGUCUUUCAUAUAAAGAUCUUCUUUUUGUGCAUCCCUCUGCAUGGAAUUUUUCUUAUUCCAUAACAGAGCUUAGUCUAUCUCACAAUAAGUUCACAUCAUCCAUAUUUCCCUGGUUGUUCCAUUUAAACUCUAGUCUUACACACCUGGAUCUCGCAGAAAACCUCUUAGAAGGUCCCAUUCCAUAUGAUGUUGGAAAAACAAUGAAUUCUCUUCAAUACUUGGCACUCGAUAACAAUCACCUAAAUGGAACACUGCCAAAAACAAUUGCAAAUAUGUUAGAAUUGCAAUAUUUUGAUGUUUUUGGAAACUUUUUGGAUGGUGAGAUUACAAAUUUGGGCCCCCUUGCAAAUCUCACAAAAUUGAAGUUCUUAUAUUUAUUCCAAAACUCAUUUACUUUGCAAUUCAAUGAUAAUUGGAUUCCUCAUUUUCAAUUGAAAUCAUUGGGUAUACAAUCCUGCAUGAUGGGCCCCUCAUUUCCAAAAUGGCUUCAAACACAAAAUGGCAUAUCCUAUCUUGAUGUUUCUGAUGCUGGCAUAUCAGACACAGCAACAAUGGCCUCUUUUCUUUGCUCUGCCAAGAAAGGUCUAAGCUUUUUGAACAUGUCAGGCAAUCACUUUAAAGGACAACUUCCAGAUUGUUUGAAUGGGUUAAAUUCAAUAAGAAUCGUUGAUUUCAGCAACAAUGAAUUCUCUGGAAAGGUUCCAACCUCUAUAGGUUCCUUACUUUUGGUCCGCCACUUAAUUUUACGCAACAAUCACUUCAUAGGCCAACUCCCAUCCUUGAAGAAUUGCAUCGACUUGGUGAUGUUGGACGUGGGAAGAAAUGAAUUAGUAGGACCUAUACCUUCAUGGAUAUCAGGAUCUAACUUUCCUAAGUUGCAAGUUCUUAGCUUGACAAACAACAACUUUCAUGGAAGUUUGCCGUCCCAUCUUUGUCAUUUGUCAACUAUUCAGGUUUUAGAUCUUUCAAUGAAUAACUUGUCUGGACAUAUACCCAAAUGCCUAGAGUUGUCAUUCAAGGACAACAAAAGACUUUUGAGGUUAAUUGACCUAUCUGGGAAUCAUGCCCUUGAUUUUCUUGAUUUAUCAACAAAUCAUUUGUCCGGAAAAAUCCCUUCAAGUCUAUCUCAAAUUGAUAGGCUUGCCGUUUUGAACCUAUCUCAUAAUAAUUUAUCUGGAAAAAUUCCAUCUGGAACGCAACUCCAAGGCUUCGAUGCAUCUGUAUAUGAGGGAAAUCCCUAUCUAUGUGGGAGUCCACUUGAAAGGCUUUGUCCUGAUGAAAACAGAAAUCCAAAAGACUCGUUUACAAUUGAGAAGCAUGAUGAUGAU